AAUUCUGUCGACAGUAGAAAGGAACGAGGUGGAUAGGUGAGAGGAGGACAACAUAUGGGAACCUCUGACUGUCGAGAAGUCGUGACAGCAAAAUCACUUCCUGAGGAGGGAGGAGUAAAGGGAAGUGAAGAGGCCACACGGAUCAGGAAGUGACUCGCCCUAAUUAGUCUCAACUAUGUCCAAAAAUAGGGGGAUGGGGUAAGCCCCAACAGCUAAAGGCGGUAAAAUAACUGCCUCUUGAUACGUCGCCACAUCACUAUCGUUCGCUCUUAACCGCAGAAGAGAGUCCACAAUCACGAUUUCGGUUAGGCAGACUCUUCUCUUGCAGGAUGGCCACUGGGCUGUGCCUCAGGCCCAGGAGGAAAAGAAGAGUUGAGGAAUGGGGAACUGGGGCCACCGUGAGGCAGAGGAAAGCCCCUCCAGAGGGAAACGUCCCAGCUGCAGAGUACGCCACCACCGGCCAAGAAGCUUCUUUUUCCUGACGACAUUGCAAGGGCUCCCCCCGCUGCCGGUCGGGUCCCUGUUCCCUGCCGCAGGAAGAGCUCCCGACGCCAAAGGGAAUGACAAGAUGGCGGACGGCGACGGCUUGAGUGAAGCAGCGACUGCUGCGGCAUCUCCUCCACUGACCGCUCCCGGCUUGAGCCCGCCGCUGGGCUGGAGGGAGCGGCUGCGAGCCGGGCUGGCGGGGACUGGGGCCUCGUUGUGGUUCGUGGCGGGACUAGGGCUGCUUUACGCUCUGAGGGUCCCGCUGAGGCUGUGUGAGAAUUUGGCAGCGGUAACAGUAUUCUUAAAUUCUUUGACGCCCAAAUUCUAUGUGGCACUUACAGGGACAUCUUCUUUGAUAUCAGGACUAAUAUUUAUAUUUGAAUGGUGGUACUUCCAUAAGCAUGGCAUAUCUUUUAUUGAGCAAGUAUCUGUAAACCAUUUGCGGCCACUGAUGGGUGGAACAGAAAACAGCAUUUCGGAGCCAGGUUCUCCUUCCAGCGACAGAGAAGGUGAAACCAGCAGACAGAAUAUGUCAGAAUGCAAGGUAUGGAGAAACCCUCUAAAUCUAUUCAGAGGAGCAGAAUACAGAAGAUACACUUGGGUGACUGGUAAAGAACCACUUACAUACUAUGACAUGAAUUUAUCAGCUCAGGACCAUCAGACCUUUUUCACGUGUGACACAGACUUUUUACGUCCUUCAGACAUAGUUAUGCAGAAGGCAUGGAGGGAAAGAAAUCCUCCAGCUCGAAUCAAAGCAGCCUAUCAAGCUUUAGAAUUAAACAAUGACUGUGCCACUGCAUAUGUUCUACUGGCUGAGGAAGAAGCAACAACUAUUGUAGAUGCUGAAAGGUUAUUUAAGCAGGCACUCAAGGCAGGAGAAACAAUUUAUAGGCGGUCACAGCAGUGCCAGCACCAAAGUCCUCAGCAUGAAGCUCAACUGAGGAGAGAUACCAAUGUACUGGUGUAUAUUAAACGAAGGUUGGCAAUGUGUGCAAGAAAAUUAGGAAGAAUAAGAGAAGCAGUAAAAAUAAUGAGAGAUCUGAUGAAAGAAUUUCCUCCUCUUACCAUGCUGAACAUCCAUGAAAAUCUCCUAGAAUCACUUUUAGAAUUACAGGCCUAUGCAGAUGUUCAGGCAGUUCUAGCAAAAUACGAUGAUAUAAGCCUUCCAAAGUCAGCAGCAAUCUGUUACACAGCAGCACUGUUGAAGACAAGGACUGUUUCAGAUAAGUUCUCUCCAGAAAUGGCCUCCAGAAGAGGGUUAAGCACAGCAGAAAUUAAUGCUGUGGAAGCAAUUCAUAGAGCUGUGGAAUUUAAUCCUCAUGUUCCAAAAUAUUUACUAGAGAUGAAAAGUCUAAUUUUACCUCCAGAACAUAUUCUGAAACGGGGCGAUAGUGAAGCAGUUGCCUAUGCUUUCUUUCAUCUUCAGCACUGGAAACGAAUAGAAGGUGCUCUCAGUCUGUUACAGUGUACGUGGGAAGGCACUUUUAGAAUGAUUCCAUACCCAUUAGAGAAAGGCCAUCUGUUUUACCCUUAUCCCAGCUGCACAGAGACUGCUGAUAGAGAACUAUUACCUACCUUUCAUCAUGUUUCUGUUUACCCAAAGAAGGAGAUUCCUUUUUUCAUCCACUUCACAGCAGGACUGUGUUCUUCUACAGCAAUGAUAGCUCUUCUCACACACCAGUUUCCUGAAAUAAUGGGUGUUUUUGCUAAAGCUGUAGUGAAUUCAAAGAAAAUGCUGAUUCAUUAUAUCCUAAAUAGAAAAGCACUGAGAACCAUAGAGACACUAGCCCUUACUGGCCCUGUGUCAGUAUAUAGUGUCUGCCUUACUGACGAGAUCACAGACGCACCAGAAGAGUCUUUAAGAGGAGGAAGCACAAGCUCCCCAGUACACCUCCAGCACAGUCUAAGAAUGAAUAAUUACAGAUUUUAAAGUGAAAGCUUCUUUUUUGGGUGAAAAUUUACUAAUUUACUGUGAUUCUAGUUGAUGAACAAUGGACAGGCAUUUAUUGAACUAUAUUUUGGUAUUUGUUUAGUUGGUGGUAUAUAGUGUUAAAAGUAUUCCUGACAGUAAACUUUUAUAGCCAUGUUUAAUCCCUGUGGCCUUUACAUGUACAUUUUAACUUCCUAAAAGCUGAAGUAUUUACUGAAAGUACCUACCAAUAUUUGGAAUGCAGUUCCAAGGGCAGGAUCCAUUUAAGAAUUCAUGGGAAAUGAUCACAGUAUGGGCAGUCUCCAGCUUAUAAACACAACAUAUGAUAGCCUCAGCAGUCAACAGCCAGCCUGCGAGGGAACUGGAAGUUCAAAUUCGACUUCCCCACCACUUAAUAACAUGUGGUCUGUGCUCUAAGAGCAUCAUCAUCACCCAGGAGCUUGUUACACACGCAGAACUACAGGCACCACUCCAGACUGCCUGCAUCUGCAUCUUAACAAGAUUGCCAAGUGAUCUUAUAGUCACGUUUAACACCUGAGAAGCCCUGCUCUAGUCCACCCCAACAGAGGAAUUUGGAGCGCCUGGGGAGCACCACUUUAUUAAGGUAGAGAGAACAGCGCUGCAGAAUGGUGAAGGGCCAGGCUGCUUUGCUUUGAAUCCCACCCCUGACACUUACUGGCUGUUCAUCCUCAGGUGCGUUAACCUUUUCUCCUACUCACUGUAAAAUGAGAAUCAUACUACCCCAUAAGCUUUUGUGAGGGUUAAAUGAGUUUAAAAUAUGUCACGUGUUUAGAAGCAUGUCUGCCCACAGUAAAACCUAGCUGAGCGGUAGUUGUUGCCACCAUCACCGUCAUCAUCACCCCGCAAGUACAGCCGUGGUGGGAAGCCCUACCCUCAUUGUGUUUGGAAGAGCUGUGUUCUAAUUGUAAACUCAAAUGCAUUUUCCCAUAGAAAGUGUAGUAAAAAUGGUGGUUAGGUGUCAUUUAAUUUAAUUUAAAUUUAAAUUUAUUUAUUAUUAUACUUCUGGUAUAUUAUGCAAACCACAGAAAGUGGAGAAAUUUUUCAAAUCUAGGCACUGGCAAACCUUGUAGAACAGCACCUAUUGAUUGGUAAGUUGCAAACUGCCUAUGUUAGGAUUUUUAAGUAAGAUAUUUGUUAGCCAAAUAUAGUAGUAAUCAAAUAAGGACUUUAGAAACAUACUUAUUCCUUUAUUUAGUAAGGCAAAGCAAUUUAAGAAAAUUUCCUAAAUUUCUUCCAUUGUUACCAUAUCUCUUCCUCAUCUACUAUCUUUUUAUAUUAGCUCACAUGCUAUAGAUACUCAAUUUGAAUUUGUUGAAGUACAUUUGUUACAAAAAUUGAUUUUUUGUGAAGCAAGGCACUAGGAAUUGAUAUCUUUAAUAAUCCUGACUGUACAUCAAAUUUAGAUAAAUGGAAGGGAAUGAACUAGAAUGGGUGGUGGUUUUAGUGCCCCUUCUUUUGCACGGUAUAAAACUAUAUGGAAUGAAGACUUCAUUUUAAAAAGUUAGGGCUCUUUUUUUUCCUGAUUUUUCUCCUGGCUGAGAUGAAAACCAAACCUGACAUUAGACAUAGAGCAAUGAAGAAAAAAAAGGCAUAAAUCCCUGGAGAUGUGGAAUGUGCUGAUAUCAGAGUUGGUAUUCUCCAAGGCCAGAAUUCCUGAAAAAGGAAAAAUUUCUUUUUAAGUUGUAGGCCACUUUCUCACCUGCUUUGAAGCCUGCUGGGUUAAAUAUGAGAGUUCAAAGUAAGGGUAGCCAGCAAGUGAAAUGAACUGGAAUCUGAUUCUGCUUAUCUGAAAGGAGCUUCUUUAUUUAAGAGCAGUACUGCCCUCUCCUUCGAGAACCAAUCUUCAUCUACUCUGGCCCCUUUUAUUUCUCUCUUGUAAGAAAAGCUUUCUUCUUAGUAAGCCUUGGGAGGGCGUUAUCACAACAGUGAAAAGACUAAAGAUGGUCUAUGGGAUUUCACUAACUUACUGAUGAAUUCAGGUUUGUGGCAUGUGAUUUCAGUGCUUUGAAUUCAGCAGUGUGUUUGAAUAUAAAAUCCCUAGUUGAGUUUUAACUAAGUAGGGUAGCCUUGGCAAAGCUGGCCAAAAAAAUACGUUACUGGUAAAGACAGGAAACACAAAGACUCCCAAAUAAAAUGUUUGUUUCACUGAGGCAAAACUUUGUUGAAAUUUGUUUCACUGAACACACAUAUUGUAGCUGUGCUGAGGUGGGAAUGGGCCCUGUUUCCACAUAUUUCUACUAAUCUUUAUGUGGGAAAAUGGUUGGACGUGCCAGUGAUGUAUUUCUGAGCAACUCAUAAUUGGCUGGCUCCAGUGUAACUAGGGCCUAACAAUCUACUUAAUUCUUUAAGGACUACAUUAGCCAAGUUGCAUGAUUUCCAAAGAUAUAGAAGGUUAGAUGUUACACUAAUAAGAGACCUCUCUACAAACUGUCUCACUGGGAUUUCUUCAGCCCCUUCCUAAAAAUAGUUAAUAUUUUUCUCCCCAAGUUACAUUUUUAAAAAUAAUAAGCAGAUAAAGUGCCAAAUGUCUUUUUCUGAAUAGUGAUAAAAACUCUUGAGAUGAUUUGAUUUGUCUACUAUUCUCAUCAUUUUUUCCAGGGCAAAGAUUGUUUUCAUAACUAGGGGAGUUGAUAGACAGUUAUAACUAUGUAUUGUUAUCAGUGGAAAAAAAUUCUUUUUAAAGGUUCCUAAUUUUCCAUUUCAUAACCAGUAACAUGAAAUCUGAAAGGUUUUUUUAAUAUUCUCCAUCUGAUUUAGUUAAUACUAAAAACAUGAUAGUUUAUUAAAUACACAGGAUUUCUGAAUGACCACAUUCAGAAACUAAACUGACAAGUAAAAUGUUUCUUUACUUUGUAAAUGGGUAUUUUUCAAAGCUGUGAGAUGUCUUUAGUUCCUAAGAAUUGAUAUAAUCUUUGAAACAUUUUGAAUUAUACCUAUAUCCUUGUAAAACAUGGUUCUGUAACCGUGCUAUUCCCAUAGAAAAGUUUCUGAGGUAUUUCCCAGAAACUUUCUUGCUGAUAAAAGGAGUUGGUUGUAUGACAGGUCAAAAUUUUUAAAUGCUGUUAGUUCUGCUGAAUGUUUUAUUUAGGAAGUCUGGCAUAUUCUAAUUUUUAUUUUCUUAAUGAACUGGGAUAUUUAUCCAUUAGAAAAGAUGUUCUUUUCUUCGUAUAACAAUAUAUCAUGUUUCAUCCUUAUUGUUCUCCUUCAAAAAAAACCAUACAGAGACAGUUGUGAAAUUGCUAAUGUUCUUUAUCCAAAUUUUCUGAGUACUGAACUCUUCUGGUCAAAGGAAAACAAAGAAUAAGAGUUAGGACAAUGUACUUUUUAAUGCAUGUUUAUAUCCCUUCCCCAGGUUUAAUUCAGUUUUAGGGUUUAUGGAAAUCACCCUCUUUUCCUAUUAACAUGUGCCUGUCAAGUAUGAAGUUCACAAGCACUCUGCCUGGAUUUAUUUGGCGGUAUAUUUAAGCACCUAUUCCCCCUCAAAGUGAAAGCAUCAGUGCCAAAGUUAGGACAUCCUGCCAUUCACUGCUGCUCAUAUAUGUUUUGCUUAAUCAUUAGCAGCACUUGGGGCAGGUGGACUGCAUAGCAAUUUUUAGAAAAACUGUGCUUACAUAUUGAUGUAAAUUGCUCAUUCCAAACUCAUUACACUAGUGAUAGUUAAAUUCACAUUAAGAAACCUGAUUUUUUUUUUUUUUUAGAAAAUAUAUUUAUUUUUUGCAGACCCAGCAUAGUCCUCUUAAAUGGAGAGGAUAAUGGAAUACAAAAGAAAAUUAAAAUCUUUAGGAACAGUUUUUAGCUUUUUUCUUUAGUGGAAUUUUGCUUCUUACUCAGCCAACCACACUUCAAAUGCUCAAAAGAACUAAAUUAAUGUGACUAAUUAAUAUAUUAUAUUUCUGAACCAAGAGUAAUGUGAACUUCAGCUAGUUAUUAUCUUUUUUCUUUAUGAGUUUAUACUUACAUUCUCAUUUAUCCUUGCCAGAGCCAUUGGAGGACAGACUGUGAUCAUCCAAUAAUACAAAUGGCAAGUUUGAGUUAUUAAAGUUAAGUGAUUUGCUGGAAAUCACACAAUAGACAGCCCUUUAGUCAUGUGACAUAACAUGUCCCUUCACAACUUACAUCAAAACAAGUACAAAAAAAUAAAUUUCAAGCCAACUAUGGUAAUACUAAGGGGAUAAUAGAAUGAUGUAGUGGUGACAGUUGUUUUGCUUGAGAUAUUUUCCUACAGGUGAUGAAUUUUUUGGAGAAGAGUUUUAAAUGAAGAGGCCAGUGUGGAUUGUCAGGAAAUAGAAAGGGUACUUAGGUUGCAGAGAUGCUUACUGCAAAGGCUAAGAUGUAAGUGGACAAAUAAGCUGCCUGGAGAACUCUUCACAAUAUAAAUCUAUUUGAUGAACUCUGAUGUUUUAAAAUUAAGAACACACAUUUGCUUUUCUGCCUUUCAAACUGAUUCACUUCAAUUUUAUUUCUAUUCUGGCUAGUAAGCCACUUAAAGAAAGAAUGCUAUUUGGUCGUGUACAACACAUACUCAGACAACUGUAGAAAUAACUUCAGCCUUUCUAACUGUUUAAAAUACACAGAAAUACUAAAGAAACAGUAGGAACUGGUUUGUAGUGAUUCAGAGGGAAUUUGAAUGACUCUCUGAAAUGGAAAAAACAGUUUUUAUAUAAAGUAUAAAUUUAAAUAUCUUGUUUCAACAUCACCCUUUUUUCAAAAUCAAAGGGUAAGUUUGUGAAGGAUUGUGGGGGAUUUUUUUUUUUAAGUGUCAUUGAUAUACAAUCUUAUGAACGUUUCACAUGAACAACAUUGCAGUUUCAGCAUUCACCCAUAUUACCAAAUCCUCACCAC